AUGGGGCGGGACCUGUGCUUGGGCCACGCCCCCAUUUCUUGUCUUUCGGGGCCCCACCCCCAGGUGUCAGGCAAGACUCAGGCCCCGCCCCCUGGCGAUGGAUGGCAUCACCUGUCAGUCACUCAAGGCCCCGCCCACCGGUUUCCUGUCCUGUUCUGUGACUUCAUCCAGGUGUCAAUCAGAGCUCUGGUCCCACCCCUUUGCUUCCUCUCCCAAACCUCACUUCCUGUCACGGAGGAUGAUGUCAUUCUCACCCCCAGGUGUCAAUCAAAACCCAAAUCCCGCCCCCUAAGCUCUUCAUUUCCUGUUGGCCUGUCCCAGUUCCAGGUGUCAAUCUCAGCUCAAGCCCCACCCACUAUCUUCAUGUCAUGGCGAAUGAAGUCAUCUCUGCACCCCCCCCUUGUCAAUCAAGGCUCAGGCCACGCCCACUGAUGGUGGAUGCCAUCAGAUGGUCGAAGGCAUCACUCAGGGAAGCUCCGCCCCGUCGCUUCCUGUCAUAGAGGACCAAUGAUGUCAUUCAGGGACAUGUCAUGCUGUCCUCUCAUGUCAUAUGGGUGUCAAUCAAAGCCUAAGUCCCGCCUACUUUCUUUUCCACCCCCUCACUUCCUGUCACGGAGAUUGGUGUCAAUCAAAGCCCAGGCACUGCCCACAACUGUGGAUGUCACCUGUCACUCAAGCCCCACCCCGCCUCCCCUUGACAACAGCUGCUGUCCCCGAGGCUCCACCCACUGCUGUGACCACGCCCAUCCGGAACCUGCGCAUUGACCCUGCCCACCACAUGCUGAUCUGGGACCCUGUCCCUGGUGCUGACAUCACAACAGGGGCUUAUUGCAGGAAGGGCAGGGACAACUUUGUCUGGGCUGACCCUGGACUUGCCCGCUGCUCGUUCCAGUCACUCUCCCUCUGCCAUGUGACCAACUUCACUGUCUUCCUGGGGAAGGACAGUGCUGUGGCGGGAUCCAUCCGGUUCCCCCCAGACGAUGGUGGCAACCAUGAGGCCGCAGCUCAGGACCUGCGCUGCUGGGUGUAUGAGGGGCAGCUGAGCUGCCGCUGGGGGCGGGGUCCGAAAGCAGCGGGUGACGUGCACUACCGGAUGUUCUGGCGUGAUGUGCGGCUUGGUCCUGCCCAUGACCGCGAGUGUCCACACUACCACAGCCAUGAUGUCAACACCACUGGCCCUGCCCCUCAUGGCAGCCAUGAAGGCUGCACCCUUGACCUCGACCCUGUCCUUGGCUCCGCCCCCAAUGGCCCCAAGGAAGACCUUGUCCCCCAGUUCACCAUCACCAUCAAUGGCAGCAGCCCCGCUGGCCCCGUGCCCUGCAUGGAUGACACCGUGGACCUGCAGCGCGCAGAGGUCCUGGCCCCGCCCACACUGACCGUGGAGUGCAUCGGCUCCGAGGCCCAUGCACGCUGGGACGCGCAGACCCGAUUCCACUAUGGCCACCUUCGGUUCACCCUGCAGGUCAACCAGGUGCAGGGUGAAGCAGGGAGGAUGACUGCAAGUAGCUCCAGCUCAGAGCCGCAGGAAUACAAUGUCUCCGUCCCCCACUUCUGGGUCCCCAACGCUGGCGCCAUCUCCUUCCGGGUCAGGUCGAGGUCAGAGGUUGACCCUCAGAAGCUCAGCAGCUGGAGCAAAGCCUGGGGCCUCGGGGGCCUGGGUGCCCAAUUUCCCUACACCAUGUCCAGCAUUGACCAAAGUCCCGCCCAAGUCUGCCCCCCAGAGGUGACACCUGUGAAGACAGCCUUGGUGACGUCGGUGGCUACGGUGCUUGGAGCAGGACUCUUGGCAGCUGGGCUCCUGCUGUGGUGGAGGAAGUCGCUGCUCUCCCGCCUGUGCCCACCCAUCCCACGCCUGCGCCUGCCCUUGGCAGGGGAGAUGGUCGCGUGGGAACCGGGUCCUGAGGACUGCGAGGUGACGCCCGUGACAGACGCCUGAGAACUGUGUGGGGGUUGGGGCA